UAUGUUGCAGCCUAUUUCGUAACAGUUUACAACAAAAAGUAAAUAAAAUAAAAUGUGUGCUUGUGCCUAGUUUAAGCCAUUGCGAAACAAGUGUGCGGAAAAAGCAACAUUUGUGGUUUCAAAUUGGUCGCCAGAAAUUAACGAGAAUUAAUUGAUUUAUGCCUGUGACCUUUGAAAGUGAAGUGCCACCUGUGGAACCACAAGGAGUUGCAGAUAAAAAAGAUACGACAUAAGAUGCUUUAAAUAAUUGUGAAAAACUCUAAAGAUUAUUAUUCACACACCGAUGGCCAUGCAGGAUAUACGCCUACGCCUGGAACCGCAGCACAGUACAGCCACAUUUUUAGCCUCCGCCUCGUCCUGCUCCGCCUCCACGUCCUCCACAUCCUCGUCCUCCCAAACAGCUGAGACCACGCUGAUUGAGACAGCUGAAAAGUCACCACCAGGCAGUGAACCAGCUGCUGGAGCAGUGACAACGACAUCGCCGCAGCAUUACUUCCAUCAUCAUCAUCAUCCGCCGGCCCAGCAGCUCCGUCCUCCGCUAACUCCGCCCUCGCAUCCGCAGCACACGCAUCCGCAUCCGCAUCCACAUCCGCAUCCGCAUCCGCAUCCUUACCAGCAGCGCCGCCCUGUGGAGCAGCUGCAGCUGCUGCACAGCCACCACGAUGCCCAGGAGCUGUCCGGACAGGAGCCAUCGCCCUUGCAUCCACAGUCGCACCACCUGCGCUCGCCCAGCUCCGAGGAGGAUAAUUCGCCCACUGAAAUGAAUAAUUGCCGUCGUUUGGUUGAUAAACCGCCGCUGGUGAAGCGCCUCACCAUGAGCAUCGGCCUGCUGCGGGGCACCGAGGACAGUCGUCCGUUGGUGCACAGCACCUGCGGCUCCUCCCUAACCUCUGGCUCUGGCUCCGGAUCUGGCUGUGGCUCCACGCAGACCAUCUCGGACGGGUAUGUGAACGAGGCCAUCUGCGAUGGAACGCCGGAGAAGUAUGUGGCCAGCAAGUUCGGCGACUCCUGCCGCCAGUCGCUCUCCGCCCUCGAGAGCGCCACGCAGCGCCUGCAGGUGGAGCUGCCCGCCAGCAACAAGAAGUAUAUGAGGGAGACAUGCAGCGCCAACUCCAGUCCAAAACUGUUUCCCGCCCAUGGUUCCCUACGCUUGGAUAACCUCAGCCUGGCCGAGCAGCAGGAGCUGAAGGGAGCCGCCUGGUUUCAGGCGGGCAUUCCCCGGGAAAUCUCGCUGGAGGUCCUGUCCCGCCAGAGUCCUGGCGCCUUUUUGGUGCGGCAGAGCAGCACCAAGCCAGGAUGCUUUGCCCUGUCACUGAGAGUGCCGCCACCUUCGCCACGAGUCGCUCAUUAUUUGAUCCUCAGGACUCAAAGGGGCUACAAGAUCAAGGGAUUCACCAAGGAAUUUAGCUCGCUGAAAUCGUUAAUCACUCAUCACUCGGUGAUGCCUGAGCUUCUACCAGUGCCGCUGACGCUGCCACGCCCGCCCAGCGCUCGGUCUCAGCGGUCCUACGAUCAGGAUCGUGAUCGGGAUCGGGGCGGAGUACAAAAUGGGAACGGAGGCGGAGGAGACUUUGAGAUGUACGGCUCGCUGAACGACUUUCGGAAAAUGAUGGCCGAUUUGAAUGUGUGACCGCCGGGCGCUGGGCACUUAAUUAAUUAAGUAAUUAUGUCACGUUGAUUGAAUUAAGCGACGCGGCUUGUCACAUUGUCCGGGUCGAGACAGGAUAACAAUCUGUUUAAUUUGCGUAAUUGGCUGUGCGGACGACGGUUGACGUGGCUACCGAUGAAUAGGCUCCAUUCCGCCCCCGUACACUUGUCCACCUGUCCACCCAUCGCUGUGUCCACCUGUCCAGCUGCCCGUCAGGUGCUGCAAAAAUCGCACAAGUUUUUUAUGAAAAUUGAUAAUAAAAUCAGCGUGGAAUCGCGCGGAUAUGCUCAGAACCAUUUUUGCAAAACUGAUUAAAAAAGUGGAAAAAUACGCAAACAGACACAUCUUUUUCGCGUUUUCAUUAUUUUUCCAUGAUUUUUUCGCUAGACAGAGAGAGAGAGAGAGAGAGUGGCAGGUGCAGCAGACACAGGCACAGACGGACAUUUGAAUGGGGCAGUUGAAUUAAAUGUUAAUGUUUUCACGGAGCGGAGAAGGGGCACCCCAAAAGGGGUUGGUUUUUUUCGGAAGUGCAUUUGAUGCCCACAAAAUAAAGGAAAACGACUAGAUUAGA